AUGGAAGCGCUUAUGAAGAAAUACGGGGUACAUCACAGACUCUCCACCCCGUAUCAUCCGCAGAGCAAUGGUCAAGCAGAAAUUUCCAACAGAGAGAUCAAAGGGAAUUCGGAAAAGACUGUUAACCUGUCGCCAAAGGAUUGGAGCAAAAGGCUAGAUGAUGCACUUUGGGCCUAUCGAACUGCGUUCAAGACCCCCAUUGGUAUGUCACCCUAUAGACUCGUGUUUGGCAAAAUGUGCCAUCUUACGGUUGGGAUAGAGCAAAAGGAUUAUUGGGCAGUCAGAGAGAUGAACAUGAAGCCUCAGGCCUGUGAAGAGGAAAGGAAGCUGCAACUGGAAGAGCUGGAGGAGUUAAGACUCGAAUCCUACGAUGCCGCAAUGUGGUACAAAGAAAAAACCAAGUUGUGGCACGAUAAAAACCUCCGGGUGAAGGAACUGCAGGUUGGACCGAAAGUACUCCUUUUCCAGUCAAGGCUGAAGUCUAAGUGGACCGGACCAUACACCAUUGUGAGCCUCAGAGCUAAUGGAGCUGUGGAAAUUCAGGGAUGUACUCCUAACUCUAUCGAUUUUCUAGUUAAUGGUAAUAGAGUCAAGCAGUUUAGGGAUAGUUCGGAGCUGUGUGUGGUGGAAGAAGUUCCACUGCGCAUGCUCCCCACUAUAUAG